AUGGCCAUUUCACCUUCAUCCACGGAAGAGUUACUGGUUGAACAGGACGGACACAUCGUCACCAUCACUUUGAACCGGCCAGAGCGCUUAAACGCCAUCAGUCGCGCCAUGCUGAGUGAAUUGUCGGCCAAAAUGGUUGAAGCGGAUAAAGAUCCUGAUGUGCGAUGCAUCAUUCUGACCGGUGCUGGGCGAGGAUUCUGCAGCGGCCUGGAUCUUAUUGAUACAUCAGAUCGCAUGGAUGAGAGCGGCAGUGUCGGUGGUGGCUCCAAUCGAGCGCGGCAGCUGUUUGAUCUCCGAGAUGCACCCAUCAACGUCAUGUGGCAUACCGACACACCCAUCAUCUGUGCGAUCAAUGGCGCAGCUGCAGGUUACGGUAUGGAUAUGACACUGUUGUGCGACAUGCGCAUCAUGUCUGAGAACGCCAAACUGGCGGCGGUAACAGCCAAACGCAAUGUUGUACCGGAAAGUGGCGGUACCUGGCUUCUGCCGCGUCUGGUUGGUUGGGCUAAAGCGGCUGAACUUUACUAUCGCGGCCGUACUAUUGACGCUCAGGAAAGCCUCGAAAUUGGCAUUGUGAAUGCAGUGGUACCUAACGACAAACUUAUGGAUACCGCACGUGAAUGGGCCCAGGACGUUGCAGAUAAUGCACCGGUUGCUGUACAGACCACCAAACGCAUGAUGCGCAUGGGCAUGGAGGAAUCUUACGAUACCGCCGUUGACCAUCUGAUGGUGCAUCUAAGUGGCUUGUUCCAGAGCGAAGACUUCAAAGAGGGUUUGCAGGCAUUUAUGGAGAAGCGCAAACCCAACUUUACCGGUCGCUAG